CUCCAACUGAUACUGAAGCUACAACAGAGCCUGAUAUUACUGCUUCUAGUGUCACAACAGAGGCGGUAUCUCCAACUGAUACUGUAGCACGAACUGAUUCUGAUAUUACUAAGGCUGAUGUUACAACAGAGGCAGUAUUGCCAACUGAUACUUUAGCACCGACUGAGUCUGAAACAAUUGAAUCACAAACUAAAUCAACAACAGAGGGUCGUUUUACAACAGAAGCAGUAUCUCCUUACACUGAGUCUGAUGUAACUAAGGCUGAUGUUACAACUAAAGCGGUAUCUCCAACUGAUACUUUAGCACCAACUGAUUCUGAUAUUACUAAGGUUGAUGUUACCACAGAGUCGGUAUCACCAACUGAUACUUUAGCACCAACUGAUUAUGAUAUUACUAAGGUUGAUGUUACCACAGAUGAGGUAUCACCAACUGAUGCUUUAGCACGAACUGAGUCUGAUAUUACUAAGGCUGAUGUUACAACAAAUGUGAUAUCUGCAACUGAUGCUGUAGCAUCAACUGAUUCUGAAAUUAUUAAGGCUGAUGUUACAACAAAGGUGAUAUUUCCAACUGAUACUGUAGCUUCAGCUGUGUCUGAUAUUACUGCUGCAGCUGAUGUUACAACAGAGGCAGUAUCUAUAUCUCAUAGUUUUAUACCAACGCUUGAGUCUGGUACUACUGCAGCCGAUGUCACAACAUGUCGAUUUGGUUCGUUCCUGAAUUCUACUGGAUCUAAUGAAUGCACUCCAUGUCAAACUGGUACUUUUGCGAGUUCUACUGGAUCUAAUGAAUGCACUCCGUGUCAAACUGGCACUUUUGCGAAUUCUAUUGGAUCCAAUGAAUGCACUCCAUGUCAAUCUGGUACUUUUGCGAUUUCUAUUGGAUCCAAUGAAUGCACGCCAUGUCAAUCUGGUACUUUUGCGAAUUCUAUUGGAUCUAAUGAAUGUACUCCAUGUCAAACUGGUACUUUUGCGAAUUCUACUGGAUCUAAUGAAUGCACUCCAUGUCAAACUGGUACUUUUGCGAAUUCUAUUGGAUCUAGUGAAUGCACUCAAUGUCAAACUGGUACUUUUGCGAAUUCUAC